AUGACACCUGGACCAGCAGACCCCCCCCCCCCCCCUCCAAACCUCUUAGUACCCCCUCCCCACAGCUACGACUUCGGACCUGAACCCACCCGGGUCACCUUGAUCACCGAGGAGGUCGUUCCUCACGCCACGGCGGCCGAGUCCCACUACGCCAAGGAGGACCUGGAGGCCAUGCAGGUCCCGUAUGAGUUCCUUACGGGGGGACCGGACUCCUCUGGGGGGUCCGGUGAAGACCUCGGACAGGAAGCGCCGACCGAGUGCGACUGUGAACCGGGUCAGCCGGGCUUCGCUGGCUUCGCGGGACCAAAGGGGUCCAGAGGCCUGCAGAGUAAAGCCGGAGAGCCCGGACCUCAAGGCCGAGAAGGUUAUAAAGGAAGCAGAGGGGCUCGGGGGAGAGGAGGAGACACCGGACCAGUGGGCGACGCUGGACACGAAGGAGACGACGGAGCUUCUGGUUUCUCUGGAGCCAAUGGAGAACCAGGAAUUAUGGGAGACCCGGGAGACCAUGGAGAGCUGGGUCUCAAGGGCGACGUCGGCAUGGAGGGGCCCCGCGGGGGGGUCGGGGGGCCCGGUGAGACUGGUCCUCGUGGGGACGAUGGGCCUCCAGGACCAGCAGGAGGUUCAGGUAUCAAGGGGUCCCUGGGGGCCAAAGGUCAUGAGGGUCCUCAGGGACGAGAUGGCCUGAAGGGGCAGACCGGCGCUCCGGGGUUUCCCGGUGACCAUGGCGACAGCGGAUACACCGGUUACCGUGGGCAACCGGGAUCCAUGGGCCCGAACGGCCCGAAGGGCGGUGAAGGUUUCGGCGGCGUGUCGGGAAGCGACGGCGAUGCCGGAGAAGACGGUCCCAUGGGAGUCCCGGGUCUGAUGGGAGAGCCGGGUCAGUUUGGAUUUAAGGGCGGCGAGGGGGACGCAGGCGUGAGGGGCCCCCGAGGCAGAGCGGGGGCCACGGGCGCCGGAGGGGAGCGAGGAGACGCCGGAGUGCCGGGGAUGCUGGGCUCAACGGGCCUGCAAGGUCAAACCGGGUCCAAAGGUGAGACGGGACCCGACGGAGCCGGGGGUGCAGCGGGAAAGAAGGGCAUUAAAGCUGCUAAAGGUCAAAAGGGAAGAGUGGGAGACGGGGGAGAUAAAGGACAGCGUGGACCAAAAGGCGGCGCCGGUGACGGCGGUGUCUCCGGCCCCGUGGGCCCGCCCGGCGUCCCCGGCACCAGAGGGGAGCGCGGCGCCCUCGGUGACCUCGGGGGCAGAGGUCAAGCGGGACCCAAAGGAGUCCCGGGGCCCUCGGGUCCCGGUCUGACGGACCAGCAGGUCCUGCAGCUCUGCAGGGCCGUGGCCGCGGCCCAGAUCUCCCAGUACGCCGCCUCCAUCCGGGCCAAGUGCUUCCAGGGGUGCCCCGUCAACAACCGGACCCUCAUCGGACCACCGGGGGCGCCGGGGGGGGCGGGCUCGCCGGGGAAGGCCGGCAAAGCGGGAAAGGCCGGCGUGAGAGGCUCCAGGGGGGCUCAGGGGGACCGAGGCCUGGAGGGGCAGCAAGGGGCGGCGGGCGCCGGCGGUCAAAAGGGACCUAAAGGCGGCUCAGGAGAUGCCGGUACAGGUCUGGCGGGACCCGACGGACCACAAGGCCUUACAGGUUUGCCGGGUCACCCAGCAGAACCCCAAAACGGCGUGGAGGGCCCCCGAGGCCCGCGCGGCUUCCCCGGUCCGGUGGGCCAGUCCGGCGCCCUCGGGGUCGCCGGCGUGCCGGGUUUCUGCGAGGCGCGGGACUGCAGCAUUCACGCACCGGUGGCCCGCAAAGAGCAGGGCCUGGUGAAAGGACCGGUCAGCGCUAACAUCUGACCGGCCGAGACUUCCAGGUUCCUCUCGUUGAGUUCCAGCUGACGUGAUUUAGAUUUGAGAAACUCAUUUGUUUAAAAGAAAGAUGUGAAAGAUUCAACCCUGCGUUGUAAAUGUGAGAGGACCCAGGUUGGAGCCCUGGGGGACUCCUCCGGAACAGAAGGGAACGAGAGGAGACUUUUACAGGUUUGACCGGGAACAAUGAAAUGUCUAAUUAUUCCCUCAUUGGAUCCUUCCUUCAGGUUACCUUUGACUUUCUCUGUUUGCCCAAAAGUCACAAAGUAAGAUAAACAAAAACUAAAAAAGUGCGAUGUAAAUAUUUUGUAAAGUAUCUCAACAUGUUCGGAGCUCUGAAAUAUGUUUCAGAUAAACUGCCUGGAGGUGGUUUUCUUCUUCAGUUUGAAGAGUUUGUGUUUUUAAUUCUGAAAAAUAAUAUUCCAGAAAAGUUAAGUCACAUAAAUAUUUCGGUUGCAGACUUCAAAGUAAAGCAGUAAUCUGGUUGUUGUGUGUAAGAGUUUCAAAGUGACGGCAUCAUUCAGACUUCUUAACUAUUUGUUUUUUAACUGUUGAAAGUAUGAAUAUUUGUUUUGAGCACCUGAGAAAAUAAACUCGUUUAAAUUAA